UUAGCCUCUCCUCUCCUUCCCGUCUCUCUAUGGUAUCUUAACUUGUGGCUCUCGUAGAGAUGGGAGGCCGGGGGGGCUUUUUCCGCCUAAAGAAUGCGUCGUUUUGACCCCCCUACUGGAUCGCUCUGUUUUUGGUUGUUCCUCUAGUUGUCUAUGGUUCUCUUAAAGGGGCCGCUUGGCUUCCAGAGCUGCGGGGUCCCGAGAUGCUACUUACGGUGAAGGCGCUCCAGGGCCGGGAAUGCAGCCUCCAGGUCUCCCCUGAUGAGCGCAUCUCCUCUCUCAAGCGUCUGGUCUCAGAGAAGCUGAAUGUCCCAGUCUCCCAGCAGCGCCUACUCUUCAAAGGCAAAGCUCUGGCAGAUGAACACCGUUUGUCUGAUUACUCUAUUGGACCUGAGUCAAAGCUCAACCUUGUGAUCAAGCCUUUGGAGAAAGCAUCACCUGAGGAUCCUAGCUGCAGAGCUGGUCUCCCACAGAGUCCGGCCAUCUGGCACAUGCUGGCCCAAGUCCUGAGCAGGCAUUACAGUGUGGCUGAUGCUGAGAAAGUGCUGGAGCAGGUGCAGAAGGAUUAUGAGCGGAGCCUUCGAUUGCUGAGCCUGGAUGACAUAGAGCGUUUAGCCACGCGGUUGCUUCAUCCUGAAGUAGCCGAGGCUGUGGAAAUGGGGUUUUUGGAUUAGCUGCUGAACUGGAGGAUUGAGUCUAUGCACCACUUUGGACAGAAAACCCCUGGGCAGGGCCCAGUUUGGGGCCUAAUGGUAGUGAUGUCUCUGGACUGCUGUUAAAGGGUCAUGAAGCAUCUGUAACUUCUCCCCAUCAAUUAAAGGUGGUGAUAGGUGAGAUUAAUCUGCUCUAUCUAGUAUGUUCAACAGAAGUGGGAGAAUGGCGUUGUUUAGAGAAACUGCUUGCCCUUUCUUGAGAGAUACAGUUACCUUUGCAGUUGAGGAUGGCUUUGUUUAUAUUUGGAUUUCUUGUUUAACCCCAAAGCCUGGUUGCAUCUAAUAGACUCCUGUUUACUGUUUUACCCAAAGGCCUUUCCAAGAAUAAAGUUCACUAAAGCUUACAGGCAGGAAGUCAAAUCUGAAUAAUAUAAAUUUGAAGUCUCUUUUCAAAACUUUAGCAUUGAUGCUCUCCAGAAUGAAUAUGUAAGCUUUGGCAAUAUAAGAGCUUAUUCUGAGUUCCUUGUGUAAUCAGCAUUGUUAGGCAAGAAAAGCUUUUGUCAAAUGUUUUAGGUUGUUAAACUUUUCAAGAUACAAGACAACUGAAUGUUAAUCAAAUGACUAAGCAGUGUUUACCAGCAGAGUUCUGAAUAUAUUCUGCACAUCUGAUAUUUCCUAGAUAAGCCCAAUUGAGUCCUUGUAGUGCUGUAUUCAGGGGCAACCUAGACCACACUCCUAAAUUUGCUGGCUCAUUGCCAAAAGCACCCUUCCCCAAUUUAGGUGCAUUCCAGAUGGGUGAGGAGGGCUUCAACUUCCAGAAUUCCCCAUCAACAAGUCCAGACAUCUGGAGGGCACCCAAGUUGGGGAAGGCUGGGCUCAGGCAUUGUUAGAAUGAGGCAGCAGGUGCCCCCGGAAGAGCAGAUCCACUGGGUUGGCUAAAAAUAAGCCCCCUCUAGCUUAGCCCCACUUCACCCGGCAGCAUUUUUGAUUGCAGAUCCUGAAAAUGGGGUAGAGUUACAGGUUGAUCAUGAGCCACACAGGGAAGGGUUGUGUCUAUGCCAGUCUGACCCCUUAUUUCAUGGGUGUGUUCCUAUUCCUGAUGCAGAGCUACACCAAGGCAGGAUUUGGCUAAGUCGCUCUUGACUCCAGUGAAAGAAGAAAAACAAAAGAUCUCCUGCCUAAUUUCUUUGUGUUGUUUUCUUAUUCUUUCGGAGAUGGUUUAGAUGAAGCAGAUAAAAGUAUGGCAUCCAACCUUCCAUGAAAAUGUGAAUAUGAUUGCUCUGUAAAUCAUUGGUAAAUCAUGGUAUUCAACCUCAAUUUUAGAAUUAUGGCUGUCUUAGUAAUUAACGUUUGUUUAAUUUUGAAUGCAGCAAGAGCAAAAAGAGCUGUGCUUAUCCGUUACAAAAUGCUUUCUGUCGUUCCAAGAAAGUACAGAGGUGUUUUUUUUUUUUUUUUUAA